AUGUUGUCUGCAAAUAAGGAGAAGAGAGCCGCCAUUUUCACUAGAACUGAGGCUUACUACAAGGAGUAUCAAGAUGCUGAAGAUGCUUUGAUCAAGGCCAAGAGAGAUGCCAAGGCCAAUGGUACUUACUACGUUGAAGCCGAGCCAAACCUUGUCCUCGUUGUUAGAAUUAAGGGUAUCAACAAGAUCGCUCCAAAGCCAAGAAAGGUUCUUCAAUUGUUGAGAUUGAACCAGAUUAAUACCGCAACUUUUGUCAAGCUUUCCAAGGCUACCCUUGAGUUGUUGAAGUUGGUUGAUCCUUUCGUUGCUUAUGGUUAUCCAUCUUUGUCCACCAUCAGAAAGCUGGUCUACAAGAGAGGUUUCGGUAAGAUUAACAAACAAAGAAUUGCAUUGUCUGACAAUGCUCUUAUUGAGGAAGUUUUGGGCAAGUAUGGUAUUGUUUCUGCUGAAGACUUAAUUCACGAAAUUUACACCGUUGGACCUAACUUCAAGCAGGCCAAUAACUUCUUGUGGCCAUUCAAGUUGUCCAACCCUAACGGUGGCUGGGGUGUUAGAAGAAAGUUCCAACAUUUCAUCCAGGGUGGUUCUUCUGGUAACAGAGAGAACUUCAUCAACGAUUUGGUUAAGAAGAUGAUUUAA